UCACGUAUACAACUUAAAAAAAGCAUUGCAAAGUUUUUCGAUCUUUAUAUUGCUCAAUAUCUGAAUUACCAUAAUGGCCAAUGCUCCAGAGUCCAAUAAUUCAAGCGGCAAUAGAGAGAACGCCUUCAUUCUCCGAAUCAAAGAAAUCGUAGAGGAAGGGCCAGUUAAGGGUACUGCAAAUUUCCGUGUCUCCAUCUUUCGCAUUCCUAAAUCUCUGAGUGCCAUCAAGCCGGUGGCCUAUGAGCCUCAGCUCAUGGGGCUAGGGCUGUUCCACCAUUGCCGCCCCGAGCUCGUCGGCAUGGAGAGCUACAAGCUUGCUGCCAUAUUUAGGGCGUUCCAUCACUCUGUUGAAUUCAAUCAACUUGUGAAGAAGCUUAGCAAUCUUCAAAUUGAGGAUCGAGUCCGGUUAUCCUACAACAACUACUUGUACGAUAUCAAAGACGAAACUCUGGUCUGGAUUAUGGCCAUCGAUGGUAUGUUUUUGCUCGAGUUCCUCAGUAACCAUGUAACUCGGACGGCUCAUCUAGUCGACUACUCGGGGAACAAACUAGCCCACCACUCGAUCCUUAGAGAGAUAAUGAUGCUCGAAAACCAAAUCCCCAUGUUUGUUCUCCAGGCGAUCUUGUUAAUCCGGUGCUCGUCUGAUGAUGAUGAUGAACAACUUAACCAGAAAUGGGCUACUGGCCUCAUCAGAUUCUGUAAAAAAGUUGCUCCAUUGAAACUGCCCAAGAACCCUGACUUCCAGAAGAUCCCAGUCUUCGAUUAUCAUCAUCUACUCGACCUUUUGUACAAACUUGCCGUGCCCUCAUCGAAUGUUUCCAACAAUCAAGAGCCCAGAAAUGACGAAAGUGCCUUGGAUUGUUCAACUAAUGAGUCGAUCACCGGAAGCGGCCAAAGACCACGCCCUUCGAAUGUAAGCAAAAAUGUUCAGGUCUUUCUCCGACUCUUGAAAGCCAUAGUCGAUCUCAACAUUGGCUGGGUGAGAAAAGUAAGAAAACCUAUGAGGGCUAUGGCCGGAGUCCCUUGCGAAGUUCUGGUUGAAAUGGCACCAAAAAACCUAAGCUCUAUCCCAGGUCUGGAAACUUUGUGGGAUGAGGAAGACCAUAUGGCCUCAGUAGAUGAAAUAUUGAUUCCCUCUGUAUCAGAACUUAUUGAUGCUGGAGUUGAAUUCAAGCCAGCUGAUGAUAUAUCCAGCAUCCGGUUUGACAAAAAAACCAGAACAUUCUACCUCCCUGUCCUUAAGCUGGACUUGAAUUCCGAGGUUAUAAUCAGGAACAUGGUAGCCUACGAGGCAGCCAUGGUCUUGGACGACUCUCUUGUUUUCGCUCGAUUCAUUGAGUUGAUCAAUGGGAUUAUAGACACAGCCCAGGAUGCAAUUUGGUUAAGGGAGAAAGGGAUCGUCUUGAACAGCUUGAAGAGUGAUCAAGAUGUUGCCGAUCUCUUCAAUGGGCUGAGCAAGCCCAUUCGGCUCUCGCAUUAUAAUAGCAUUGAUAAAGCCAUUAAAGAAGUGAACGAGUACUACAAUAACACAAGGAAGGUUCGAGUAUACAAUUUCAUGAGGAAGCAUAUCUACGAAUCUUGGCGGUUUCUCUCAGUUGUCGCUGCUCUCUUGCUCUUUUUCCUGACGGCCAUACAAUCAGUGUGCUCGGUUUAUAACUGUUCUCGGGCUGUAAAGUUUCACUUGGAAACCUGAAAUUUCUGUCAAACGGUUCAGACUUGUCUUUCCUUUGUACUCCCCGCAAGAAAUAUGAACAAAUAAAGAGUAGUUCCAUUCCUAGAA